AUGCGUUUCCUGAUCCCUCUCGCCCUCCUCGCCACGUCUGCGAUGGCCGCCGACAAGACUGCUGAAGACUACCUUGGCGAUGUUAUUCCCCAAUGUGUGCUAAGCUGCUGGACGGAUUACGCCAAAACUAUUACUGGAUGUGACUCUCUCACUGAUAACGACUGUGUUUGCCAAAGCAUCGACCAAGUGAUGACAUCCACCGACGAAGAUGCCACGAACACUCUCACGUCGUGCAUGAAGGAGCAGGGUACUAGGUGUGGCAAGGAAGACGCGGAAAAACUCAAGAACUUUGAGGACCCUAGCAAGCUUACUGACGCCGUAUCCGAAUUUCAAUCCUCUUGCCCUGACACUGGUGCCGCUUCUGCCAUGUCUCCUUCCAACAUCCUCAUGGGUGUCGGUGCCGGUGCUAUGAUGAUUGUCGCCGCCGUCUAG